UUGUUGCUUCAAUGUGUGUCGGCCAACGCGUCGGCUACGUGAUUUUUCCCAAGUACCGGUAAACACGAUAUGUUGCUUCGUUCGGCUUAUUUUAAAACAAAAAUCCGUUACGAAAUUGAACUGAAAUUGUGAAAAAAGUGAUGCCUGAAAUAAGAAAAAUAAUUAAAGAAUUGGAAAUGCAAAUAUCACAUAUUCUAGUUGUGCGCAUUCAAAGUGAAGAAUAUUGCAACGGAAGCGGAAAACAAACACAAGCAUCUGCAGAUGUAAUGUGAAAAUAAGUUCAUGUUGAACGAAUAUCCAAAAAGUAUUAAAGCAAAUACAAAGCUAAGAGUAAACAAAAAGUGAAAAUAUAUGAAUGAAUGUGUAAACGGACUAACGGAAAAUUAAUUAAUUCGCAAAUAGUCCGAUUAAGUGCUGGGAUAUCCAUAUUCCUCCUCCCUGAGCUUUUUGUUAUUCUUUAGUCCCCCAAAACUACAAAUUCGACGAGUGAAUGUUUACUGCACAGGGGUUGGGGUAAACAAAUAUUUAAAAAAGUGUUGAGUGUAAACAAAAAUUUGAAAUGGUUGCGUCCGAAGCCAUCAGCUGGAAAGUCAACAAUCGCAAAAGAUACUCGAGUGGAGCCGAGUAAACCGCCAAGUGUAAACUUUGCCAAUUAUGUUGAAACCCACCGAUCAGCAUGCAUCACUCCAACACCAUUGCGCAUAGGAUAGUAUUGUUUUUCCUGCUGGUGGGCGCAUGUCAGGCCCUGGGAUCUGAUUCUGGGGAAAUCAACACGACACCCAGCAAUCCAGCAAUGUUUCCACUGACGCCAGGGAAUAUGCAAAUUGAAGUGCAUCGCUAUGUAACCGGUUUACCCGAAUCGAAAACUCCGGACUCGCUUACUAAAAUACGCUUAAACCCCACUCCAGAUGGCGAAAUCACAGAGCUUAGCACCAACGUAACGCUCUACAUGCAAAAGAUCCCACGCCUGCAUGUGAAAUGGCAGGACAACCUGCCGGAAGGCACAUCCUACAAUGUCCUUGUGAGUGCCGUGAACAACAGCCGGUGUCCGGAUGCGCCGUGCAGUGAGUACGGCAUCAAGCAGAAGAAGGCCAGUCCGGAGCCGCACCUCGUCCUCCUGCCAGUGAAUCCCAGCCUGAACGUGGAGUCCGUGGACUGCAACUACAUGUUCGGCUGCCAGUACCAGGUCAUUGUGGAGACCUCCAACGCGAUGGUCAGGCGCUCCGCCCGCGUCUUUGUUCCACAGUGCCUGGAGGGCAAAUGCUCCUGCCAAUUGGCACCCACGCCGCCGAAGGUCCUGGCCGUGGCCAAAAUGCUCAGCAACGAUACAAUCAGCAUCAACCUCUCGAUUCUGGCCAGUGAGCAAUUUCGCAAGGAGCAGGACUCCCGUUUGCACGAGACGUUGAGGGCCUACAAGAUGCAAUUAAAAAUCAACGAAGAGACCAACCCCUCGCUUCCCUGGGGCGGAGUUUUGAAGCACCUGCUGACCCGAGUCCACGCAAUCAGCGAACUGAACUUUCGGCCAACAGCCAAGGGAUUUGAGGGCAUCAUGAAGCUGCCACUGGGAACGCAGCUCAAGGAGAAGGCCUCCGUCAGCCUGCAGGCCGUCAUCGUUGAUCCUUCAGGAUGCGAGGGGCCGCGCAGUGUCAUUAAGGUGCCAGUGCCCGCCAACACCGUUCUGCUAACCGAAGGCGACAGUGUGAGCAACUCCAUAAUCGUCAUGAGCGGCAUGCUGAUUGCCAUUAUCCUGGCCGGACUAAUUAUGCUGUUGCUGCGACGCCGAAGGGCCAGGACAACUGCCAAGCUGCGAAAGCAGGAGCAGAUCUACAUCCAGACCUUUGCCGCCUCGGCCAUCGAGAUGGAGGACAAUGUGAACUAUGUGGACAAGUAUGUGGAGAAAUCGCAGGUCCUGGGACUGGCAGACAUAUUCGAGGUCCCGCACUCGGCCAUCCAAAUCGGGCGAAUGUUGGGCGAGGGAGCCUUUGGUCAGGUGCACGAGGCCACCGCCAUCAAUUUGCGCCGGAUGAGGGGCACCACCAUUGUGGCCGUGAAGCAGCUGAAACCCAAUCCCAAGGCGGAUGAGGUGGCCGAGUUUCUGGCCGAAAUCGAGAUGCUCAAGGGUGUGGGCACCCACAACAAUGUCGUCUGUUUCCUGGGCUGCUGCACCAUCAAGGCACCAUACCUGAUGAUCAUGGAAUACGUUGGCAAGGGAAACUUGCUGACCUAUUUGCGAGCGGUGCGGCAGGAGGCUGGCAAAUUGAAGCGACGAAAUGCCAACUAUACAUCCUGCAGACCAAUAUCGCCCAGGGCAAAUGGCUCCUCGUCACCGAAAGCACUUGCACAGAGCGUGAACUACAUCGAAUUGAAGGCAUCCAGCCAGACAAUUGAGGUGCCACCGGAAAACUCCAACGCAACUACAUAUUGCACCCGGCAACCACCUCCAUCGUUUGCCGAAACCACUUACACGAUUGUGGAGGAUGAGGAGCACUUUGAGUACAUACUGGACAACAAGGAGCUACAUAAUUUCGCACUGCAAAUUGCAAAUGGUAUGCGGUUCCUGGAAGAGCAGGAAAUAACGCACCGCGAUCUGGCUGCUCGCAAUGUGUUGAUUGACAGCAAUAAAGCUCUGAAAAUAUCCGAUUUCGGUCUUUCAAGGCAUGGAAUUUAUACGAAUACGAGAACACGAAAGCUCCCCCUUCGAUGGCUGUCCAUAGAGGCCAUUCGCGACAAUGUGUACUCCAGCAAGAGCGAUAUCUGGGCGUACGGAGUGGUGCUCUGGGAGAUUGGCACCCUGGGCGCCUCGCCAUAUCCCACGAUCAGCAACAGCGAGCUGAUCCCCUACUUGAUGGCGGGUAACCGGCUGGAGAGGCCGGAGAUCUGCACGCCGCAGGUGUACACCAUCAUGCUGCAGUGUUGGCUGGAGGAGCCCGAGGAGAGGCCCACCUUCGACGCGCUGUACAGGGUGCUCAGUCCAAAGACCACCUAUGUGGACAUCAACAGUCUGAGUGAUGACUACGUCUUUCCGCCAAUCAACGAACAUAGGGAUUAAGUUAACGCGUUACUUCUAUUGUAGACCUCCUCCAGCGUUAAUUGCUAUCAGUGUAAUGUAUUAGUCUUAAGUCGAUAUUUGUUACAAU